AUGACGGGGAAGAAGCGCAAGGCGGAGGCGGCGCGGCUGGACGAGACGGACCGGGCCAUGUACGGCGCGUUCCGGGGCGCCGCCAACUCGCUCUCGCAGCUCUACACGCUCGCCAUGGGCGGCCAGAAGCUCUCCUUCCAGGCCGGCGAGCGCCACGCCAUGCCGUGUUGGGUCAUUGUCCUCAACCCCCGGCCAUGGUUGCAGCAGCCAUGUCGUGAGGAAAAGCUGUAUGAAUGGAUCUUAAGACAGCAUGAAAAUGGUUUGAGGCUUACAGUUGGUGAUAUAGCCUCGCACGUCCAGCAUGAGAUUCAGUAUGGUGGCGACAAUCCAUUGGCCUCUCCAAGAUCACAAUAUGCAAGCCAAAGCACUCAUGCUACUGUGCAUAUGCCCAACACAAGCAACCAGCAACCAUCUGCAAGCUUAUUUGCACUAGGAAACCCAGGGUUGACGCAGCCCAAGAACUCGGCGGUCUUUUCUAACGCACUAUCCAGCCCCGUGCGCCGGGGCCUGCAACCAUACCAUCUGGAUCAGGGUGGGGAUGCAGGCUACUUUGCGAACGGCUUAGCCCGCGAGCCGAAUCCCACGGCUUCAAACGACUCAUCCAUGGACAUGCAUUCGGACAGCCCAGCUCACGACUCCUCCUGA